AUGAAUAAAAAGAGAAAAAUUUCCAGUUAUAUUGACAUAAGAAACACAGUUUUCUUUGAAAUCACUGUCGGGAUCACAGCCAACACUGUCCUGCUUCUGUUCCACAUCGUCACAUUUCUCCUCAAACACAGGCUCAAGCCUCUUGACGUGACUAUUGCACAGUUGGCUCUAGUCCACUGGAUGUUACUGGUAACCAUGGGCUUCAUAGCUACAGACACUUUUGGGUUUGAGAACUGGGGGAGGGACCUCAUGUGUAAAUCAGUUAUCUAUGUAAACAGGUUGACAAGGGCCCUCUCCAUCUCUACCACCUGCCUGCUGAGUGUUUUUCAGGCUAUCACCCUAAGCCCCAGAAACUCUUGUUUGGAAAAAUUCAAACAUAAAUCCUCACAUCACUACCCAUGUUGCCUUAUUUUUUUAUGGGUCUUCAAUAUGCUCCUGAAUAUUCGCUUCUUAAUCUCCAUUGGUGCCACCCCCAAUGUAACUUCACACAGUCUCGUGUUUGUCACUGAAUCCUGCUCUCAGAGGCCUAUUAGUUACUUGUUCAGGUACAUAUUUCUCUCACUGGUGAAUGUUCAGGAUAUCUCCUUUAUAGGGCUGAUGGCUCUCUCAAGUGGAUACAUGGUGAGUCUCUUGUGCGGGCAUAAGAGGCAGCUCCAGCAUCUUCACAGUACUAAUCUUUCACCAAAAAUAUCCCCAGGACAGAGGGCCACUCAGACAAUUCUUUUGCUCACGAGUUUCUUUAUGCUCAUGUACUUUUUGGACUGUGUUACUUUCUCCUCCCUUGUAAUAUUGUGGAACAAUGACCCAAUUAAUCUUUGUGUCCAGAUGCUUGUGGGCAAUGGCUAUGCCACAAUCUGUCCUUUUGUGCUGAUGAGCACUGAGAAACGGAUGAUUGAGUGGUUAAUAUCCAGGUGGAAAAGACAGUAA